ACCCUAGAAGAAGCCUUCUCUGCCGCAUACCUCCUUUGCUCUUUUCUGAGAAGUCGCUAUGGGUAUCGAUUUGGUCGCCGGCGGCAAGAGCAAGAACACCAAGCGCACGCAGCCUAGGUCUGAAGAUAUCUACCUCAAGCUCACUGUCAAGCUCUAUGAUUUCAUCCACAGGAGGACCAAGAGUCGCUUCAGUAAGGUGAUUCGUCACAGGCUUUGCAUGAGCAAGGUGAACAAGGCGCCGUUGUCGCUGUCCCGAUUGAUUCGGUAUAUGCAGGGCCAUGAGGACAAGAUUGCUGUACUCGUCGGAACUGUGACCGACGAUGUUCGCGUCGCUGAAGUGCCUGCUCUUAAGGUCACUGCUCUCAGGUUCACCGAGAGGGCUAGGGCUCGCAUUGAGAAGGCUGGUGGAGAGUGCUUGACAUUUGACCAGCUCGCUCUCAGGGCUCCACUUGGACAGAACACGAUGCUCCUCAGAGGACCAAAGAAUGCACGUGAAGCUGUCAAGCAUUUUGGUCCAGCUCCUGGUGUUCCACACAGCCACACCAAGCCAUAUGUGCGAUCAAAGGGCAGGAAGUUCGAGAAGGCCAGAGGAAAGAGAAACAGCUGUGGUUUCCGUGUUUAAGCGAUGCAAAUGGAAUUGUCAUAUCUUCUGUUUUUGUUCAUCACUUUUGUUUUUGCUGGAACUGAUUUAUUUUGUAGGACGCAUCUAUGUUCCAAUCAUCUGCCAUGACUAUCUAGUUUGCAAAUGAAGGAUAUUUAUAAGCUUGGAUUUAAUGUCUAGAAUUUUGCUUGA